AUGCUCAAAAUCCUGCUGCUCUGCGCCGGCGCCGGCGCCUUCGCGCCGCCGCCGCAGCUUAGACACCAUCGAUGCGCGGCGCCGCGGCGCAACAAACACCAUCGAUGCGCGCCGCGGCGCGCGGCGUCGCAGAACCAGGCGGCGAACCCGGAGACGAAGAUCACGUCGGACUACGUCGCGACGCUCUUCGACAGCUUCGCGGAGAACUUCGAGGAGGUGCUGGAGUCGCUCGACUACUGCGCGCCCAAGUUCGUCGGCGACGCCGUCGCCGCGCUCGCCGCGUCGCGGGCCGAGCCCUACGGCGCCUGCCUCGACGCGGGCUGCGGCACGGGCCUCGCCGCGCACGGCCUGCGGCCGCACGUCGCCGCGCUCUACGGCGUCGACCUGAGCCCGGACAUGGCCCGGUUGGCCGAGGAGCUCUGCUACGAGGACGGGCCGGAGAACCCGCCGUCGCGGAGCGAGGCCGCGGCGCGGCGGGCCAUGGGCUGGCCCCGGCUCUACGACGGUGUGUCCGUCGGGAAUUUAUUGGACCUCUCGUCCGUCGACGGCCUCCCGGAGGGCGCCUUCGACCUCGUCGUGGCCGCCGACGUGCUCUGCUACUUUGGGGACCUCGAACCCGUCGUCGCGGGCCUCGCGGCGCGCCUCGCGCCGGGCGGCGACCUCGUCUUCUCCGUGGAGACGCUGCCCGAGGGCGACUACGCCGG